AUGGCAGAUGCAUCGGAGAGCUUUGUGGCGCCGGACGGCUACCAGCGUGCGACGCUCGCCGCGGACGCCGGCGAUGACCAGCACGAGCUGUGGGUGAUCCGUGUGCCGGACGAGGUGGACGUGUCGAAGCUCGAUGGCGUAACGCUGCCGCUUGCGGCGCUGCAGGGCUCGUCGCGUGCGCCGCUGGCGUCGGUCGACGUCGGCAAGGAUAUCUACGACCUAUUUAGCGCGUCGACGCGGCGUACGGAGCACGGAGACGAAGCGUCGCAACUCAUCGAUAUGGCGGGCGCCUCGCGCAAGAAUCUGUUUGUCGACCACGACUACUUUGAGCAUACGAACGGCGUCGGGAUCGCGACCGACCUGAGCGGCAUCGUGCCGCUCCUGCCGACCUCUUCCAAUACCCUGCGUAUCGCGCCGAAGAAGAUGCACCGCCGGAUGUACAUGGCGCGCCGCGCGCCGAGCAGCGACGCGCCGGCGGACCUGCACGCGGUGCCGCACGUCCCGCAUGUCCAGCCGUGGGAGCGCCUCCAAGGCAAAUUUAUUCCCAUGGGCGCACUCGCCUCGAAAAAGAGCGAAAAAGAGGCCGACGGCGACGCGGAGCGGAUAAAGAAGCGCAAAAAGAGCACGAGCGAGUCCAAGACACGCAAGAAGCAAAAGGCAUAG